GUCCGAUGAGUUUAUUAUAUUUUUGUUAUAUUCCCUGAAUAAAUAUUCUCAAAUUGGACAACUUUCAAAACAAUAGGCAGUAUAUUCUAAAUUUAUAUUGCUUAUUUAUUUUACCACUAUUUUUUUGUGAACCUUUUAACCAAUUAUUGACUAAAUGUGAAAAUUGUAUUGUGUGGUAAAUGUCAAAAUUUCAGUCAGUGAAAUCGUGCUAAUCAUCGAGAUUCGAGAUCAUAGUUGAAAAUUCGUGAUGUACUUAUAUUUGAAAACAUAUGGUAAUAGUGAACAGAGUGUUAUAUUCAGCGGUUUCUCUUAAUUGGGCAGUUGGCUGCAGAUCGAGGAGUGCAAGUGGAUGAAACAAUUUUGAGAAAGUGAAGGGUGCUGGAGCGCGCGGUGAGUGGAGAUGAGCUCGCCACCGCCCGUGCAGGAGGUGGAAGUCGGAGACGAGUCUAUGGAAGACGACUCCGCCGACAUGAUACCCGCUGACAGAUUCACGCUGCCCGCGAAGGCCGACGCCGUGGUGGAACUGUGGCGAGCAAAGAUGGCGGAAGGCGUGCUGUCGCCGGCGCAUUUCCAGGACCACUGGAGGGUGACCGUGCCGAGGAUAUAUUCGCCGCAGCCUAACAGGAGUUGUCUAGACUGGUCAUUCGACGAGGAGCUAGCAGCGAAACUAUUAAUCCAGCCGCUAGAGCAAUUGAUAUGGGGCUCCAGCGAGGGCUCGGCGCCUCCGCCGCCGCGGCGCUCCACGCUGUGCGGGCGGGUGUUCAAACAAGGCGAGCCAGCGUACAGCUGUCGCGAGUGUGGUAUGGACAACACAUGCGUACUCUGCGUGGAGUGUUUCAAAGUCUCCGCGCACAGACACCACAAGUAUAAGAUCGGUCAGUCGGGCGGCGGCGGGUGCUGCGACUGUGGCGACACGGAGGCUUGGAAGCGUGACCCCUUCUGCGAACUGCAUGCGGGUCCCGAUGAUGAAGAACCAGCACAGGCCAGCAUCAGCCCUGAAGUUAUAGAAAGGAUGAAGACCGUCGCGAACGUCUCUCUAUCCUACUGCUUUAGGCUGCUCACACUUGACCAUGCCCCCGGCUUGCCCAACGAGUUGAGGUUAAAAGAUGCAGAACGAGAACGGGAUCCGUUGCAGAUCUUAGACCAACCCGACUGUUACUGCACAGUGCUUUAUAACGACGAAACGCACACAUUUGAACAGGUGAUAACCACCCUAACCCGCGUGAUGAAAGUGAACCACCGGGACGCGGUAGAACUAGUGUCUCUCAUCGACCGCGAGGGCCGAGCGCUAGUCAAGUGCAGCUCUUUCCAAGUCUGUGAUAGACUCAAGAACGACAUUGAGAUCUGCACGGCGAUGUUCGAAAGGUUCACGUCCCGCACCGGCCCCGCGCUCAAGGUUCUCGUGAUGCACGCACACGUGUUAGCGCACCAGACCUUCGCCAUGAAGCUCCUACAGUGGCUUCAAAACUUCGUAGCCCAAGAGCCUUCACUCCGCCUGGCGGUCUCCCAAGUAGCUUUAGGCGAGGACGCCGGCCCCAUCGGCGCCUCCUCCCUUAGCGGCGGCGGCGGCGUGGCCGUGGGCGUCAUGCAGAAUGACUGUCGCAUGUGGAAGGCUGCUAGGACUGCUUGGCAUAGACUGUCGAUAGCUACAACCCUCAUGGACUAUACUACUAAGAAGACCAUGGCGAUAUUGUUCACUAAGAACUAUGGCUCGAUCCUCAAGGACUUCAUCCGCGACGACCACGACCACUCUUUCUCCGUGUCCUCUCUCUCCGUGCAGCUGUACACGCCGCCCACGCUAGCGCAGCACCUGAUAGCCAAGCACGACGCGCUGUUCGUCGUGAUGAACACGUUCGUGAGCGAGUGCAACAGACGGUGCAACAGCAAGGGCCGGCUCGAAUUCGACCGAAACCACGUCUCAAUGGCCUUCAAACGCGCUCAGUUCGUCCUCUACGAUGUGAAGUACCUUCUCGGCUCUCUACCGACCAGUUUCGAUGAUGAUCUGAGGAAGGGCUUCCUACAUGGACUGUCUUUGAUGCUGAAUCUGCUGGUUAUGAUGCAGGGAAUGGACUCUGUAGUCAGACAGGUUGGUCAACAUAUGGAAUACGAACCAGAAUGGGAGCUGCCUUCAAUCUCCACGUCCGCCUUCAACCUCCACGUCAAGCUAGCUCACAGCAUCACACUAUCUUUAGAAUGGUGCGCGCUUGAACGAGCGCUGUGUGCGUCCGCCUACCGCAUGGCUUUGAGACGCCAUGCUGACACCACUACCUACCAACCCAGACAAGUUAAAGAACUAGGCAACCAAUCAGCCUCAGUCAUCCCGUAUGACGUGUCGACCGAACCUGUCUCCAUCCAUCGGCCGCUUUCCCGGUUUCUGGCUGGUCUGCAUCUGUCUCUACACAAACACGGCUUGAAUUACCACAGUCCUGAGUUCGACCGACAAGAUCGACCGAAGCCUCCCCCUGAGGAACUUAUUGAGCCCGUGUUAAGAACAAUGGCCAUGAUCGCGCAAGUUCACGCCGGCAUGUGGAGGCGGAAUGGCUUCGCGCUGCUCAACCAAUUGUACUUCUACCACAACGUCAAAUGUCGCGCCGAAAUGUUAGACAGAGAUGUCGUUAUGCUACAGAUCGGAGCCUCUCUCAUAGAGAGCAAUGAGUUCAUAAUACACGUCCUAAAUAAAUUCAACCUGCUUGACUGGGCCGCUUCGGAUUUCGAACAACGAGGGGUUGAAGACGAUGCCUUGAGGCACACCAUCAGUAUGCUUGAAGAGUUCCUAGGACUACUUAUUACUGUGGUGGGAUCUCGAUAUGUACCUGGUGUUGGGGAAGUCACUAAUGAAGACAGGACGAAGAAAGAAAUCAUACAGAUGCUCUGUGUCAAACCGAUGCCGCACUCAGAACUUAACAAAUCGUUACCUGAUGUUAAAAACCAGCUACACGAAACUGGAUUAGAAGCCGUCAUUCAUGAGGUUGCCGACUUUAUAAAACCCACCGGCGGGAACAAUCGAGGCGUCUACAAACUGAAGCCACAUCUCUAUGACGAAUACGACACGUUCUUCUAUCAUUAUACUAGGGAGGAGCUGUCGAGAAGUGAAGAGGAACAGAGGAGUAGGAGGAAAGCCGCAGGUCUUCCUGAAUGCUGCCCACCGCCACCUCUGCCUAAGUUAACGCCACCCUUCCGCCUUCUAGCAAGCUUACUGCAAUGUGAUGCUGUAAUGUACGUUCUGAGGACAGUAUUAGAGCGAGCGUUGGACCUCAGGGCGAGGUCGUUUUCGGAGACACAAGUGCAUAAGGCUCUACACCUAAUGGGCUACGCCCUCCGCGAUGAAGAGAGCGGUCACUAUGAGUUCCUCGCAUUCGCCGAAAGCGCACAGAGAAACGGUCUCCUAGUUCUCCUUCAAAGGCUAGUCGUGAGCCCUCGCGUCGACGCGCAUCGCCCGCUCGCCAAGUGGCUCCUACACAAGUGCAAGACAUUGCUGGGGCAAGCGGACGAACACGUCGGCGACGGAGAACAAAUGGAGACCGACCAGGAAGAGAAACCGCCUAACGAUGAUGCUGCCGAAGCGGAGAAGGCGCGUCGCGCUAAGCUAGCGGCGGAACGGAGGGCCAAAGUGAUGGCUCAGAUGAAAGCGCAAAUGAACAAUUUCAUUUCAAACAACGCUGUUCUGUUUGAAGAAACCACCACCGAGGUGACGGCGGAGGAGCAGGAGAUCCGGCCGCUGUACUGCGGCGCCGCGCUCGGCGUGUGGGGCGGCGGCGUCACCGAGGCGCCGCGCGUCUGCAUCAUGUGCCAAGAGGAGGCUCGCGUGGAUCUGACGGCGGAGCCGCUAGUCCUAGUCUCGUUCGCGUGCGGCUCCGCCGUGCUGCCGGUCGCCGCCGAGCAGCCGCGCGCGCACGUGUCGGUGUGCGGGCACGCGCUGCACGCCGCCUGCGCCACGAACUACGUGCGCGGCGUCUUCGAGAGGGAGAUCAGACGGCCAUACCGCCAGCGACAGCCGGCCGGUUUCGACGUGGAGAAGAAGGAAUACCUCUGCCCCCUCUGCGAGCGCCUCUGCAACACCUCUCUACCCCUCCUCCCCGCGCCUACAUUACCUGCCGGUGCGCCUCCACCCCUCUCGGAAGAAGUAUUCAGGGAUUCCGUCGCGUUGAUACUACAGCACCAAGUGUGCUCCGAGGCUGUACACGUGUGCACCGAGUCUUGCGAAGAGAUACUUUGCCAGGCGCGAGCGCGCAGCGUAGGAGCGCAGUCAUCCGACAUGGAAGACGGGGAAUCAACCGACGAGGCACCCGUCUACAUGCUCACUCAGUCCCAGGACCUGCUGCCGCAGGAAUUCAUGGCGCACUUCGAGGGAGAAAUACCCGCCUACACGGACGAUAUGAAGAGACUCAUCACAGAGUUUGUCAAUAUAUUGCCAGCUCUUAUCGGUGACUUUGAGGGCUCGAAUCCGAUGUCCUCCGUAGAAGCUCUAUACAAGGCCACAUCAUACACAAUCCUUAGUACAAACGCAGUCCUACAAGCCGAGAAGCGACCGCUCCUAGGCGACCUGCCCUCCAGGCAUCGCGACGCCCUUCAAGCUUUAAUACGACUCGCCGCCGUCAUCCCGUCCGUCUGGCCAUCGCCUAAACAGCUAGCACACCACGCAUUAGAAAACUUAAACACACUCGAACGCACUUCCCCCUUAACUCACCACCCCUUCGAAACAUUAGUAGCUCUAGUCUUAACCGCUCCCUCGCUCUUCAGCAAAACGGCCGGCCCGGCACGACCCAACCACCUCGCCAGGCAAUUCACCAUAGAAGUAUUCCGCGCUCUCAUCACGCGAGCCAUGAUCGUACUAGACGUCUCGAGUUGCGUCAACCACGAACCGAUGGAAGGUCAAGAAGAUUACAAACCUACAAAACCUGAUUUAGAAAACUUACUCUCAUUCAUGAAGACUUUACGACGAGGCAACUUAGAUAUCGAAGAGUUAAACGCAAAUGACGUUUGGGAGAAAAUCAAAAAUCAAUGCUACACAUUCUUAAGAGCAUCCUGUCUAUUCUACCACUUCUUAAGCGAUAUAAGUCCGCCUACAGAGCUAACGGUCGUCGGUGGUGACACUUGGGAGGUCAUGUGUGGAUACCUAGACUUGCCUAGUACUUUUAGAGAGUUAAUAGAUACUCCGAUGGCUAGGAGUAAGUCUGAAGAGUGGUCAGGGCUAUCUAACGAGUGGUUCGCUGGAGAAAUUGAUAUAAAGACUGUAGUUGAGACGAAUGAGCCUCCGAAACUAGUUCCGUUGCCAGAUGAUUUCUCGGAGUUGAUGAAUGUGGUGUCUGAGUUCUCAUGUCCGAAUUCUGAGAGGGAUGACAGCAAGUACCCGACCAUGUGUUUGGUGUGCGGACAGAUAUUGUGUUCACAGAGUUAUUGCUGUCAGACUGAGAUUAAGAAGAGCGGGCGAAGCGGCGGGUCGGAGCUGGUGGGCGCCGUGGUGGCGCACGCGCUGUCGUGCGGCGCGGGCGCCGGCGUGUUCCUGCGCGUGCGCGACUGCGAGCUGCUGCUGCUCGCUGCGCCUGCGCGCGGCGCCAUGCUGCCCGCGCCCUACCUCGACAACUACGGCGAGACCGACCAGGGUCUCCGGCGCGGCAACCCUCUGCACUUGUGCCCGAGUCGCUACGAGACGCUCCGCAUGCUGUGGCUGAGCCACGGCCUGCACGAGCGCAUCGCGCGCACGCUCGACACCAACAUGCUUGUCACCACGCAGUGGCAGAACAUGUGAGCCGACACAUGUGACAUUGUAAGGAGAAAUUGUCUUUAAAAGACGCUGUAUGAUUGAUUUUAUCUCAAAUUUUGAUGUACGCAUCGGGCUAGUAUUAGGGUCAAACAGAUUUUAAUGUAUGGGUAAUUGGUUAUAUCUCUCCUGUGGACAUUACAAAAGUUAAGAAAAUCUAGUGCUAAUUUUUAGACGACAUUCUAAAGACGGGAAACAUUUUUUUAGUUCUUGACACUCAA